CGAGUGGAGAGUUAAUGAUUUGGGCGCUGAUUUAAAUGCGGGCCCGUGAGGAGACUCGCCACAGAACCACGACCCGACUCCGGCCAUGUCUCAGUACAUUACACUGCUGCUCAACCAUCCUGUUGUGAUCGUCGCCAUUCUGGUCUCUGGCAUCGGUGGGACGUUCCAGUAUGGAUUCUGCGUGUCCGUGAUGAAUUCUCCUUCUGUGUUCAUCAAGGAGCUGGUGAACAGGACGUGCGUGCAGCGCUACGGCGUCUCCCUGGAGCCGUGGCAGAUCUCGCUCAUCUGGUCCUUCACGCUCUCCAUCUUCUGCGUGGGCGGCCUGCUGGGGUCGCUGGCCGCCGGGCCGCUGCUCUCCAGAUGCGGCAGGAAAAGGUGCUUUCUCUUCAACAAUUUUGUUGCUGUGCUCGGAUCCGUGUUGAUGGUGCUCAGCCAAAAGGCCGUGUCCUUUGAGAUGAUCAUGGCGGGACGAUUCCUCUACGGCCUGAAUGCAGGAGUGGGCCUCUCGUCCCAUUCCAUAUAUCUGGUUGAAUGUGCGCCCAAGAGGCUGCGCGGCAUGGUGGGCGUGAGCAUCGCCACCUUCGUCUCCGUGGGCAAGUUCAGCGGUCAGCUGCUGGGGAUCAGCGAGCUCCUCGGCACCGAGCGGGGCUGGCCCUGGCUGCUCGGCUUCAACGGCCUGGCCGCGCUCCUCCAGCUCGCCACGCUGCCCUUCCUGCCAGAGUCUCCCAGCUUCCUGCUCCUGGAGCGAGGAGACGAGCCGGCGUGCGAGGACGCUUUGAAGAGGCUGUGGGGCAACAGGAACUACAGCAAGGAGAUUGGGGAGAUGCUGAAGGAGAAAGCGGCCCAGCAGAGCGCUGGCAGCUGCUCGGUGAUGGAGACGAUCCGAAACAGAUCCGUGCGCUGGCAGGUCGUCACCAUCACCGUCGCCUUCGUGGCCCUGCAGCUCUGUGGCAUCAACGCAGUGUACUUUUAUUCUUUUGAUGUGUUUCGUGCAGCAGGAAUCCACGAAAGCCAGUUACGCUACGCCGCCGUGGGGACGGGCCUGUGUGAGUCCCUCACCUCUCUGGCUUGUUUCAUGAUUGUUGAGAGCACGGGGAAAAAGGUCCUGCUUCACAGAGGAUACGAGGCCAUGUCUGCAGCGCUGGUCCUCCUCAUCGUCACUCUGUACCUGCAGACGUUUGUUUCUUGGAUGCCCUACUGCAGCAUGGUCCUCAUUUUCCUAUUCAUAGUCUUCUUCUGCAGUGGACCAGCUGGAGCAACCGCUAGUCUUCCAGGGGAACUCUUCACUCAGUCAUUUAAAGCCGCUGCAUUUACCAUUUCCUCUUUUCUUAACUGGACUGGACUCUUCCUGUUGGGGAUGCUCUUCCCUGUUGUGGUGGAGGAAAUUUCCUACUUUUGCUUCCUCAUCUUCCUGUUCUUCUGCGCCGCCUGCGCUCUGUUUGUGAGGUUCAACGUCCCAGAGACCAAGAACUUGACGGCACUGGAGAUCGCCACCGAGUUUGAGAAGAUCCACUGUAAACCUGCAGAAUCGCAGAUGAAACAUUUUACAGCGGAAAAACUAAAUGAAAUCAAAACAGAGACCAAAUUCUGAGUGUUUGCCAAAUUUAGAUACAUCAGCGAAACCUGUUUCAAUUCAAUCCUCGUUGAUGAUCAUCUCAUAUUUACCUUUUUCUGUCUUUUUUGAGUCAUGACUACUUUUGUGUGUAAAGCGAACAUUAGUUGAAAUGUAAAAUGUCUUUAUUCAGAUAGGCAGAAAUCAGAAUGUGUGCGUUCAUCUGAAGAAUUGAUGCGUCCCAGUAGAGCAGUUGUGGACAUUUAGACUGGAAGCUUCACGCAGCCUUUUUCUGCCUAGUAGCUUUUCAUGUCUUAUUUUGUACACUGUAACAAGAACAAAGUAUUAUUUAUGUUGAGUAUUUGCAGAAAUAAAAAAAAUGUAUAUGUUUCUUGCCAUGGUUUAUGAUC